AUGUUUAAUGAAUAUUUUGCUUCCAUCUUUACGUCUGACUCUGACAGUAAUUGUGAACGCCAAGAUCAUUCACAAGUUAUUACAAUUGAUAACAAUGCAUUAUCGGAGGAAGAAGUUAUGGCUGUGAUAAUAAACUUAGAUAGCAAUAAAGCACGAGGUCCAGACAACAUUCCAGCUCGUUUGUUGAAAGAAACAGCCAUGCAGAUUACCCCAUCACUCUGUGCACUAUUUAACAAGUCUCUACGUGUUGGUGUUCUUCCUAGUGUCUGGAAGCUUGCAAACGUGGUCCCUGUCCAUAAACAUGGAGAGAAGACUUACGUCGAAAACUAUCGACCAAUUUCGCUGCUAUCACUCAUCUCCAAGGUUCUUAAACGUUGUAUAUUCAAUAACAUCAAAUAUCACGUUUACGAGCUGAUAAAUCCUUGUCAGAAUGGUUUUAUGCCUGGGAAAUCGUGCAUCACUCAGCUUAUUGAAGUUCUCGAACAGAUAGGCCGUGAGUUGGAUCGCGGCAAGCAGAUUGACGUACUUUAUUUGGACAUGUCGAAGGCGUUCGAUAGAAUAAGUCACGCGGAGUUAAUACAUCGUGUUCGCGAAUUCGGAUUUGGAGGGAGCGUUCUCGAUUGGUUCAAUUCUUAUCUGACCAAUCGAUACCAGCAAACAACCGUUCUCGAAGCAACGUCGAAACCACUCCCGGUAACAUUAGGAGUGCCACAGGGGUCCAUCCUCGGUUCGUUGUUGUUCUUGCUGUACGAGAAUCAUCUCUCCAAUGCUGUGACUAAUUCAAACAUUGCUACAUUUGCUGAUAAUACCAAAAUCUUCAAGACCAUCAAUUCCAUCUCUGAUGCAGCUGCUCUGCAGUGUGACCUGUCAAAAUUUGAGAAAGGCUCGACCAACGGGAACCUGGAAUUAAAUGCAAGCAAAUGCAAAGUGUUAAGAGUCACCC